CGGCCGCGGGAGGUGCGCCUCGGGACCGCGCCGCUGCCGCCAGAGCCCGACGGGACCCCAGCCCUGCGCGCGCCUCCCGACGGGACCCCCCCCGCGCUGCGCGCGCCGCCGCCGCUGCCAGAGCCCAGACCCCGCGCCCGCCCGCAGGCGGCGCCACUAGCGGCGCCAUGGUCAAGAAAACACUAGAAAUUUACUCUGUGGAGCUCAGUGGAACGAAAGACAUUGACCAAACAGACAAGGGGGAUGGCAAGGAGAAGUACAGAGGCCUGAAGAACUGCUUUGAACCCAAAAAGAAUCACCAGAAAGAGGAGCUUAAGAAAGAACUGGAUCUGGAUGACCACAAACUCAGCAUUAAGGAGUUGGAAAAGAAAUAUGGUACAAACAUCAUUACAGGUCUUUCUAGCACCCAAGCUGCUGAGCUCCUGGCUCAGAAUGGUCCCAAUGCCCUCACUCCUCCCAAGGAAACACCGGAGAUCAUCAAGUUUCUCAAGCAGAUGGUGGGAGGGUUCUCCAUCCUUCUGUGGAUAGGAGCCAUCCUGUGCUGGAUUGCAUAUGGGAUCCAGUACUCCAUGAAUAAGUCCUCAUCCCUAGACAAUGCGUACUUGGGCUGCGUGCUUGCCUUGGUUGUUAUUUUAACGGGGAUCUUCGCUUACUACCAAGAAGCAAAAAGCACCAACAUCAUGGCCACCUUCAAUAAGAUGAUCCCACAGCAAGCUCUUGUCAUUAGAGAUUCCGAGAAGAAGACCAUCCCUGCAGAGCAACUAGUGGUGGGAGACAUAGUGGAGAUUAAAGGAGGAGACCGGAUCCCUGCAGACAUCAGGUUGUUGUCUGUUCAGGGCUGUAAGGUAGAUAAUUCAUCUCUCACUGGGGAAUCGGAGCCCCAAGCCCGCUCCUCUGAGUUUACCCAUGACAAUGCCCUGGAAACAAAGAACAUCGGCUUCUAUUCUACAACUUGUCUGGAAGGCACAGCGACUGGCAUGGUCAUCAACACAGGCGACCGCACCAUCAUUGGUCAGAUUGCCUCUCUGGCUUCAGGAGUUGGAAAUGAGAAGACACCCAUUGCCAUUGAGAUUGAGCACUUUGUUCAUAUUGUGGGAGGAGUGGCCAUCUCCAUUGGCAUCCUUUUCUUCAUCAUCGCAGUGUCCCUGAAGUAUCAUGUCCUGGACUCCAUCAUCUUCCUCAUUGGCAUCAUUGUGGCCAAUGUGCCUGAGGGUCUCCUGGCCACUGUCACUGUGACUCUGUCGCUGACAGCUAAACGGAUGGCCAAGAAGAACUGCCUGGUGAAGAACCUGGAGGCAGUGGAGACCCUUGGCUCUACCUCCAUCAUUUGCUCAGACAAGACUGGGACUCUGACCCAGAACAGGAUGACCGUGGCCCAUCUGUGGUUCGACAAUCAGAUCUUCAUAGCUGACACCAGUGAAGACCAUUCAAACCAAGUCUUUGAUCAAAGCUCUGGAACUUGGGCCUCCUUAUCAAAGAUAAUAACAUUGUGCAACAGAGCUGAGUUCAGACCGGGACAGGAAAGUGUCCCCAUCAUGAAGAGAGUUGUCGUUGGAGAUGCCUCAGAAACUGCUCUUUUGAAGUUCUCGGAGGUCAUUUUGGGUGAUGUGAUGAAAAUUAGAAAAAGAAACCACAAAGUAGCUGAAAUCCCUUUUAAUUCAACCAAUAAAUUUCAGCUCUCCAUACACAAGACGGAUGACCCCAAUGACAAGCGCUUCCUCCUGGUGAUGAAAGGAGCCCCCGAGCGGAUCUUAGAGAAGUGCAGCACCAUCAUGGUCAAUGGCCAGGAGCAGCCUCUGGACAAGAGCACAGCUGAGGCCUUCCACACCGCGUACAUGGAGCUGGGAGGCCUGGGGGAGCGUGUACUGGGUUUCUGUCAUCUCUACCUGCCAGCAGACGAGUUUCCAGAAUCUUAUUCAUUUGAUGUAGACACCAUGAACUUUCCCACGUCUAACCUGUGUUUUGUGGGGCUCUUAUCAAUGAUUGAUCCCCCCCGGUCCACUGUACCUGAUGCGGUCACCAAAUGCCGGAGUGCAGGGAUCAAGGUUAUUAUGGUUACAGGUGAUCAUCCAAUCACAGCCAAAGCUAUUGCCAAAAGUGUGGGUAUUAUUUCAGCCAACAGUGAGACAGUGGAAGACAUUGCAAAACGCCUCCACAUUGCUGUGGAGCAAGUUAACAAACGGGACGCUAAAGCUGCGGUGGUGACUGGCACAGAGCUGAAGGACAUGAGCCCAGAACAGCUGGAUGAGCUCUUAACCAACUACUCAGAGAUUGUCUUUGCUCGAACAUCCCCCCAGCAGAAGCUGAUCAUUGUAGAGGGCUGUCAAAGGCAGAAUGCGGUUGUUGCUGUGACAGGGGAUGGAGUUAAUGACUCUCCAGCUCUAAAGAAGGCAGAUAUUGGGAUUGCCAUGGGGAUAGCAGGUUCCGAUGCGGCCAAAAAUGCAGCUGACAUGGUCUUGUUGGAUGACAACUUUGCAUCCAUAGUCACAGGAGUGGAGGAAGGUCGCCUGAUCUUCGACAACCUAAAGAAGACUAUCGCCUAUACCCUGACCAAGAACAUUGCUGAGCUGUGCCCCUUUCUGAUCUACAUCAUUGUUGGGCUCCCUCUGCCUAUUGGCACCAUUACGAUCUUGUUCAUCGACUUGGGCACAGACAUAAUUCCCUCUAUUGCCUUGGCUUAUGAGAAAGCUGAAAGUGACAUUAUGAACAGGAAGCCUCGCCAUAAGAAGAAGGACAGACUGGUGAACCAGCAACUUGCCAUAUACUCUUACCUGCACAUUGGUCUCAUGCAAGCUGUGGGAGCUUUUGUUGUGUAUUUCACCGUGUAUGCGCAGGAGGGCUUUAAACCCAGCAUUCUUGCUGACCUCCGGGUAGAAUGGGAAAACGGCAAUGUGAAUGACUUAGAAGACAGCUACGGACAGCAAUGGACAUGGUACCAGAGGAAAUACUUAGAAUGGACAGGCUACACAGCUUUCUUUGUUGGCAUCAUGGUCCAGCAGAUAGCGGAUGUGCUCAUCAGGAAAACCAGAAGGAACUCCAUCUUCCAGCAGGGCCUCUUUAGAAAUAAAGUCAUCUGGCUGGGGAUUGCCUCACAGAUUAUCAUUGCUUUAAUCCUCUCCUAUGGGCUUGGAAGUGUCACAGCCCUGAAUUUCACGAUGCUCCGGCCUCAGUACUGGUUUGUGGCUGUGCCAUAUGCCAUUCUGAUUUGGGUGUAUGAUGAGGUCCGAAAACUUUUCAUCAGACUCUACCCUGGAAGCUGGUGGGACAAGAAUAUGUAUUACUAAGACCACCUCACUUCCCAAGAUUCCCAGUUGCACAUUGAGCCUGUUCUUUAUCUUCUGGCUGCUGUCUGGGAGACCACUGCAAUAAGGACUUAUCCAAAUGCAGAAAGAGAAGGCAGAAAGCAGUAUGAAAGAUACUGACUGAGGUUUUUUACUUUCAAGCAGAAAUUCAACUGUUUAUAUAUGAUUUGCAUCUCUAUUUCCAUCUCCUUGUUUAGAAAUAUGUGAAUUUCAAGGGAAUGGAGUAGGGAAGAAUGACAUGUAAGUGUAUAUAAAGUCCACUCAUGUUAAAUUGCCUUAGGUGAUGCAGCCAGCUGCUCAGAUUUCCCUGCUAGAUAGAAUUGGUCAAACCUCCAUUCCAUACCCUAUUAAAAGCCCAGUGACCUUCCUAGAUUUCUCUGAAUUCCCAGAGAGCUUAUAAUUUCAUGGUCACCCUGCUCAAAAGUUAAUGCAGCUGAAGAGUUGCAAAAGGUGGAAGUAAUGGCAGGUUUACAUCACAUUAACAUGGACAACCUCAGUUUUGACCCUGAGACAUCUUUCUUAACAGUCAACCACCCAUCUGCAGCCCUCAUCAUCUGGCCAGUCUUGUCGGUGCCCUUCCUCUCUCGCUCCCUCAUUGCCUUCCACUCCCGAGACUGACCCACCAACUCCUCCCAAACUGAGCUCCGUGUCCGUUUUGCAUAUCCCAGUCCAAAUGCUCUCUCGACUCAAAGGAGUUUUCAGUUAUCAGGAUUCAACCUCAGUAGAGAAGAACUGGGGUUUAAAACAGUAAUAUUUAUUUCUCAUAAAAUGGUUGCAAAGCACUCUCUGGCAUUAAUUUCAUGUCAUGAUUUAACUUCGCUUUAUUCGUGUGUAACACAUACAUCCAUGUUGACAGCCCCUAAGAGGCUUCAUUUUAAGUAAAAGAUGUUUUAUAAAACCCGGUCUCAUUGUGGUAUUUUAAUUAAUUUGGGUUUUUCUAGAAUGCAGAACAUAGGGCACCAAAAAAUGAGAUGUGAGGGGCAUCUGGGUGGCUCAGUCGGUUGAGUGUCCGACUUCAGCUCAGGUCAUGAUCUCGUGGUCUGUGACUUCGAGCCCCACAUCAGGCUCUGUGCUGACAGCUCAGAGCCUGGAGCCUGCUUCGGAUUCUGUGUCUCCCUCUCUCUCUGCCCCUCCCCUGCUCAUGCUCUGUCUCUCUC